GUUCUAGAAGUACAGUACACGGAAAUUCAAAUCAAACCGUCAGGUGUGAGCGAACGACUGACAAACUACAGUGACCCAGUGCAAGCAACUAUAUUUAGGAAGAACAGCCCUUUGCUAUGAAAGGAAUUCCUUUUGCACUUAAGCUACCAAAUUGGGUUUAUCUGGCAGCCCUGAAGCAGCACUGAGUACAACACGGAGACAAAGCUCAUCACAACAUAUGUAUCAGCAGCACUGAAAACAUCCCUGGCAGGAUAAACACUGAAGGAGAGGAAGAAGAAAGGGGCUAAUCCUUGUGGAACCUUCUAUAAUAGUUCUGUGCUGUCAUCUCUAGGGGAAGAAAAUUGUCUAAGGAAGGAGAACUCAGCUUUUAAAAUGUCUAAACAGCCGGCAUCAAAUGUCAGAUCUCUACAGGCUAAUCUAAAUAUCCCUAUGGGAGCAUUCCGACCACCUGGUGCUGGACAGCCCCCUAAACGAAGAGAAUUUACACCAGAAGCAGAACAGAGCAAUCCACAAGAUUUACCACAUGAAGAGAAAAAGCAGCUACCUGGGGCCGUGAAACUUCCCGGACCUGCAGUCAAUCUAUCGGAAAUUCAGAAUGUUAGAAGUGAACUUAAAUUUGUACCAAGAGCAGAGGAGCAGUAGUUUUCAAUGCAAAGAUACAAGAUUGAUCUCUGGUGAAGGAACAUGCAUAGAGAAAAGUGAACCAAUGGAUUUUUUUUGUAUUUGUACAAAGACUGAAAAAUUCCUAUAUGCCGUGUUCUUCCAUAUUGCAGCAAAUAACUUAUUUGUACGUUUGUUUUAAUUAUUCUUAAUAAAAAAAGUAUUGAUGAUAUAUUUAAAAUUUGGAAUGUAUCCAGUUUUUAAAAAUGACUUUAAAGAAACUAUAAGCAUAAAUUAAAAUAUAUAUAAUUAAAAAAAAUGUUUUAAGGAGUUCUAAUGAAAAAAUAUCAACUUUGUUACAUUGUUGACUUCUUAGAGAGACACAGUUACAAUAUUCAUCAUUAUUAAUGAAUGGAAAUGUUUGUACAAUCUUUCAAAAAAUGUAUUUGUACCUAUGCAAAAAAAAAAAAAAAAA